AGGCAGACGGACAGGACUCUCCCCACACUACACACACCACACCGCAAACACACCACCCCACACCACUACAACAUAACGAGGAAACACGAAUUCCUGAUAACGGCAUUCUCACACAGGCGCACAAUCUUGCAAAAUGCAUCGCAAGAACCCCAUCUCCCUCCUCGUCUACAACAAUCUCUUCCCGAACCCGACCUCCUCAGACCCUCCAAGCUUCUCCGCACAUCUUUCCAAAAACCUCGUUGGCGAAGUCCGUAUUGAAACCGCCACCUUCUAUGGCUCGCUCGACACGAUCGAAGCCCGAUAUCCGGGUCUUAACUACGCACACGCUCCACACCGAAAGCGUUUAGGGCGCUUCCCUCAUCACAAAAAGCUGUUCGAGGCUUUCGACCAGCUAGGACUCACGGACAGCGAAAUCCAGGGAUUCUGCAGAUGGGAAGGCACACUCUGGGCGAGGGAGAGGUACGAGCGAGACGAGGGCGUCAAGGUGAGGGAUACCACAGGAAUGGAGAUCACCGAAUGGGUAGAUCGCAGGAAGCACAAGACAUCGCGGAACAAUGGCAUAAAUGUGAAGACGGACAUCGAGGUGGAGAUUGAGGAAGUCGUUGCAUCAGGCGAGGAGGUUAUUGGAUCACGCUCAACAGCACCCCUCGAUACAGAAAUGCACGAUGAGGAUGAUGAAGAAGGGGAAGAGGAUGAAGGUGAUGAGAUAGACGAGAGCGUGGGUUUCGCUCUCAAUCAAAGACUUCUCCAUGCAGCAGCGAUGCGAGACCAGGGCGUCAACGUAGCGAUGGAUCCCGAGUGGGAACAAUUUCUCAAGGAAGCACAGGAGCGGGGUGAGCUCAAUGUGGAUGCCACACGAGAGGCCCUGAGCAUCAUGGCCGGUCAGCUCGCACAAAUGAACCAGCCAGGCCCGAGUUCGACAUCACAAUCGUUCCCACCCCCCGCGGCACCCGCAUGAACGGUUGCAUCAUUUCAUCAUUCCUCCCUCUUGGUUUUCCGACUACCUUAUUCAGCAUACGCCUGACUCUCGCGCUUCAGCAUGGUUUUUUCCCGACAUAUCAUAUAUCUCCGAACCCCGCGUUUCCACAAUCGACCCAACUCAUGAUUCACCAUCCACGUAUACGACA